AAUCCAAGUACCCAAACAUACACUUCAGUAAACCCUAAAUCACAACCUAAACCCCCAAAUUGCAUUCUCGUUGCAGGGGUCAAGUUUAAACGAUGCAGAGAUUGUGCACCAAGUUCCGCUGUUUGGCUCUCCAAUCCACCCAAAAUCUUCCCCCUCUUUCCGUUUCUCGUCGCCUUCUCCGUUACUCCACUUCUCCAAUCCAUUAUAGUUCAACCAAAUGGAGCGUUAAACCCUUCCUCAAUAGCAAUGUCGCAUCACCUCUUCUCGCAGUCAAUUCCUUUCCUUGUUCCCCAUUGCUUCUCUCUUUGGUCCAAGUCCGACAUGUUUCGUCAAGGGAGCGAGCAAAGAGGAGGAAACCCAUGACUCCACGUACUUCCAAACUCAAGAAGAUUAAGAUGAAACCUUAUUCGUCCUAUAAAUCCAGAUUUAGGACAAUGAAUGAUGGCAAUAUUCGUCGCUGGAGGGAAGGCAAAAAUCAUAAUGCGCAUUUGAAGUCGAAAAAAUCAAUACGGAGACUGAGACAACCCGCUUUAGUACCUGCCGCAUAUGCAAAGGUGAUGAAGAAGCUCAAUUUUAGUGCUUAAAUUUCUAGAAUCUUUCGUCAACAGCCAUGAAAGAGGAAGGUGCCUGCUUCUGCUUUCUCCUUUGUGCCACAUUAAAAUUUUAUGGCACAAACAUGUAGUAGCCGGAGGAUUGAGAAACAAUUAAUAAGGGUUAUGCGGUUCCUUUUUAUUAUUUCUUUUCAUUAAAGGCGUUGGAUGCUUGGUUGAUUUCUUUUGGCACUACAAAUGACUGUUAAUUAUUUGAGAAAUU